AAAAAUACAAGUCCUCUAUAAACAAUAUCACUCUGCUCACCCUCGGCCCCUCUCUCCCGAUCCUUUCGAAUAACGCUCGAAAAACCCUCCUCUUCUUUCUUUCUUUUUCCUCUCUCUCACUCUCUUCCAAAAACCGCGUCACUCUCUUUCCCUCUGUCAUUUUCUCAGACAAUCGAUCGAACUCUUCCGAAAACCGUACAUCGUAUUGUACCUGUAAAUUAAUCGGCGAUUCGAUCAGAUUGAAAGAAAGAAAAAAGCAAUCGGAAAAAAGCGAAGAUGUCUCUAAGACCGAGCGCCAGGACCGAGGUCCGAAGGAACAGGUAUAAGGUGGCGGUUGAUGCGGAGGAAGGUCGCCGGAGGAGAGAAGACAACAUGGUCGAGAUCCGAAAGAAUAAGAGAGAAGAGAACCUUCUUAAGAAACGCCGCGAAGGACUUCUUGCUCAACAACAACAACCUCAGCAGCAGCAGCUUCUCUCUUCCACCGCCGCUUCGGAGAAAAAGUUGGAAAGUCUUCCGGCUAUGGUUGCGGGUGUUUGGUCAGAAGACAGGAAUGCGCAGCUUGAGGCAACCACUCAAUUCCGAAAGCUGCUAUCAAUAGAACGAAGUCCACCAAUCAAUGAAGUUGUACAAUCAGGUGUUGUUCCCCGCUUUGUUGAGUUCCUUGCUAGAGAUGACUUCCCACAGCUUCAGUUUGAGGCAGCUUGGGCUCUCACAAAUAUUGCUUCAGGGACAUCAGAAAACACCAGGGUUGUAAUUGAUCAUGGGGCUGUCCCUAUAUUUGUUAAACUCCUAGGUUCUCCAACUGAUGAUGUUCGUGAACAGGCUGUUUGGGCACUAGGAAACGUUGCUGGAGACUCACCCAAAUGCCGUGACCUGGUCCUCGGCCAUGGUGCCUUGGUGCCACUGUUGGCCCAAUUCAAUGAGCAUGCAAAACUCUCUAUGUUGCGAAACGCAACCUGGACUUUGUCAAACUUCUGCAGGGGCAAGCCACAGCCUUCUUUUGAGCAGACAAAGCCAGCUUUGCCAGCUCUUGAGCGUCUUAUUCAUUCAAAUGAUGAGGAAGUCCUUACAGAUGCAUGCUGGGCCCUGUCAUAUCUCUCAGAUGGUACUAAUGACAAAAUCCAAGCUGUUAUUGAGGCUGGUGUCUGCCCUCGACUUGUUGAGCUCUUGCUUCAUCCAUCCCCAACAGUCCUCAUUCCUGCUCUUCGCACAGUUGGAAAUAUUGUUACAGGGGAUGAUGUGCAGACUCAGUGUAUAAUAAAUCACCAAGCUCUUCCAUGCCUUUUGAACCUGCUGACAAAUAACUACAAGAAGAGUAUCAAGAAGGAAGCUUGCUGGACAAUCUCAAACAUCACUGCUGGAAAUGUAGAUCAGAUACAGGCUGUAAUUGAGGCUGGUAUUAUUGCCCCUCUAGUCCAUCUACUUCAAAAUGCUGAGUUUGAGAUUAAGAAAGAAGCUGCUUGGGCAAUUUCAAAUGCUACAUCUGGUGGCACCCAUGAACAAAUAAAGUUCUUGGUGAGUCAAGGUUGCAUUAAGCCACUGUGUGAUCUUCUAAACUGUCCUGACCCAAGAAUUGUCACAGUUUGUUUAGAAGGUCUUGAAAACAUUCUGAAGGUUGGUGAAGCUGAGAAAAAUUUGGGUCACACAGGAGAAGUCAAUCUCUAUGCCCAGUUAAUUGAUGAUGCUGAGGGGUUGGAGAAAAUUGAAAACCUCCAAAGUCAUGACAACAAUGAAAUCUAUGAGAAGGCAGUGAAGAUUCUUGAAACAUAUUGGGUGGAAGAUGAGGAUGAGCCAUUACCCCCUGGUGAUGCUUCACAAUCUGGGUUCCAGUUUGGAGCCAAUCAACAUCCUGUUCCUUCUGGUGGAUUCAAUUUCAGUUGAAGGACACAUGGAGUAGAAUGAAGCUCAGAGAUGGGUAUUUUCUCGGUGUUAUUGGGAAUUCACAUAUAGUUGAAGUGAUGCCAAAGUAUGUUCUUAAGAAGUCAUUGAAUAAAGACAAGGGUGUAUGAUACCAUGAAAAAUGUUUGAAGAGUCUGGAAGCCACACAUAUACUUUUUACUUUUCCAUGCGGUAGUUAUUCUUUUUCAGCAUCCUAUUUCUCAGAUGCAAGGGUGAGAGGCAUGCAGCUCCCUAUGCCAAACUUCUGGUUUUUUCCCCCUUUUACAUCAUUCCCAACUUAUGCUCCUGCUUAUGUAUUUGCUUCCUUUAUUAAAGGUCCUUUCUUCUUUUCUUUUCAAUAUUUCAUUUUAGUGAUAGUUGUGGACUCAUUAUUUGGUCUUUCUGAUCAGAAAGACACACCAACAUCAGUUUUGAGAAGGAAAAGUUUUCUCUGGUUAUGUAUCAUUGUCAAAAACCCGAAGGAUGUAUUGAAGUUAAAGUUACAGUGUUCCUUAUCUUGUCCGGUCUUUGCGAAUAGAAUUUGAUUUAUUCCCUAA